CUUUCUGUAGAUGCAGCAGGCGGUUUGUCCUCUGUAUUCUGAGACCAGUAUCAACCAAGGGGAACGGAAGUCGGAAGCCACAGGUGCCCGGAUGAAUGCGACCAUGCGGGACUCAAAGUCCAAGAAGCCCUGCAACUGUACCAAGUCACAAUGCCUGAAACGCUACUGUGACUGCUUUGCCAACGGAGAGGUUUGCAGCAACUGCAAUUGUGUCAACUGCUGCAAUAAUGCUGAGCAUUACAUAGAGCGGCAUACUGCAAUCUUGAACUGCCUUGAUCGUAACCCAGAGGCUUUCAAGUUCAAUAUUGUCAGUAGGCAAUCAGGGGAGGUCAAAGGUAACCAGAAUAAGGACUGCAACUGCAAACAGUCCAGUUGCCUAAAGAACUACUGCGAGUGCUAUAAGGCCAAGAUGAUGUGCUCAUCUACCUGUAAGUGUGUGGGCUGUCUGAACUCUGGGGAUGACUCUGAGGUGAAGACCCGGGUUCGUGGCAGAACAGAAAUCAGCUCCAAUAACAGGAUGCAAAAGGAAACGUGCUUUCCGUCGCUGAUAACUUUGGCUGUGGUGGCGGACACCCGUGACUGCCUGCUAGCCCAGGCCGCACAGGCAGAGAGGGAGGGCUGUUGCUAUGUCCUGGCCCAGAGGAUGAUACUCCAAGAGUUUGGCCGCUGUCUCACAAAGAUUGUGGAAUCUGUUUAAUAUUUAUUUUCAUAUUUAACACAUUGUUAAUUGUUUAACUAACAAAACACACACACACACAUAAAGUUUAUAACAAAUAUUUGGUGAUUUAGUCAACACAAAUAAAUUAAUGUUAUGGAAAUAAAC